AUGCGAGGCCCCAAGCACCUGCCGCUGGAGGUGGUGCUACCCAUCACCGUGGUGUACGUGCUCAUCGCCGUCACGGGCAUCGUGGGCAACCUGGCCGUGUGCGCGGUGAUAGUGCGUACCGCCGACCUUCACACCGCCACCAACUACUACCUCUUCUCACUCGCCGUCUCCGACCUCCUGUUGCUUAUUCUGGGUCUCCCAAAUGAUCUAAGCGUGUACUGGCAACAGUAUCCGUGGGCUCUCGGUGAAACUGUUUGCAAAAUGCGUGCAGUUGUUUCAGAAAUGUAA